GAGUUUCAAAGAUUGACUGUCACAGAGCUAAGUUAACCACCACCAGAGACGCACUAUCACGACUGUCUGGGGGUCACUGCCAGUUCCUCCACUAAACUGCUGCCUGACUGAUCGACCUGACUCUUGUUUUCAGCCAGCCAAUUUCACACUUGUUUUUUCUCUUCCGAUAUUUUUCCUGAAGGUUUUCACCACUGCAUUCACCAUGCAGUCCUGUGCCAGGUGUGGGUUUGUGGUCUACCCAGCUGAGAAGAUCAACUGCAUUGACCAGAACUGGCAUAAAGCAUGUUUCCAUUGUGACAUCUGUAAGAUGGUGCUUACUGCCAAUAACUUUGUUAGCCACAAGAAGAGGCCAUACUGCUCUGUACACAAUCCAAGGAACAACACGUUCACAAGUGUGUACGAGACACCCGUCAACAUCAAUGCGAAGAAGCAAAGCAAGGCGAGCAGUGAGCUGAAGUAUCGCGAAGACGGUGAGCGCUUUAUGUCCACCUUCCACCAUGACAUGAGGUCCAUGGAGCUGGAGAAGGCUCGUCUAGCCAAUCAAAUGGUCAGUCAGGCCUUUCAGUCGAAGUCUGAGUUCUCACAGCAGCAGACAUGGUACUCAGGCAUGGUGACCAACCAGGAGAUAGUGACGAUGUCUCAGGCCCAGAAGACCAUCAGUGAUGUGAAGUACACAGAGGAGUAUGAGCAGUCAAAAGGAAAAGGCAGCUUCCCUGCCAUGAUCACACCAGGUUACCAGGCUGCUAAACAAGCCAAUACUUUGGCCAGCAACUUGGAAUAUAAAAAAGGACACGAGGAGAGAGUUUCAAAGUACACCACAUUUGUUGACCCCCCAGAGGUGCUUCUGGCCAAGAAACAAGGACAAAUUGUUAGCGACUAUGCCUAUACAGAAGAGUAUGAGCAGCAGAGAGGCAAAGGUAGCUUUCCUGCACAUCUUACACCUGGAUACAAGAUAUCAAAGAAGGCCAGUGAGCAGGCCAGUGAUAUAAAGUAUCGUCAGAUGUAUGAACAAGAGAUUAAGGGUAAAGCCAGCACUGAGGCAGCAGCGGCUGAAGCAGUUCAUGCCAGAGAAAAUGCAGAGAAUUUCAGCCAGAUUGCCUAUACCGAGGAGUAUGAGCAGCAACGAGGCAAAGGAAGCUUUCCUGCCAUGAUCACUCCUGGUUAUUAUCUUGCCAAGAAGGCUCAGGAAAACGCUAGUGAUCUAAAAUACAGGAAGGACGCGAACAAAAUGAAGGGCACCUCACACUUCCAUAGCCUGACAUCUGAGGACAAUCUGGCUCUAAAGAAUGCCCGAAAGAUCAACAAGAUGGUCAGCGAGGUGGAGUACAAGAAGGACUUGGAGAAUACUAAAGGUCACAGCAUCAAUUUCUGUGAGACGCCACAGUUUCAAAAUGCUGCCAAAGUUGCCAAGUUCACAAGCGAUAACAAGUACAAAGAGAAGUACACCAGCAAUAUGAAGGGUCACUAUGAAGACUCAGGCAUCGAUAAGAAGACCAUGCAUGCCAUGAAAGCCAGGAAACUGGCUAGUGAUAUUUCUUAUAAACAAGGCUGUGAACAGGAGCAGGGUGAAUACAACUACCCAGCCACCCUCACACCAGGCUACCAAAGCCAAAGGAAGCUGGACCCACUGAAAGAUAAGAACUACAGGCAACACAUUGACCAGGUCAAGUACAGUCCAGUGACAGACACACCUGAGAUUGUUUUAGCAAAGAAAAACGCUCAGCUUGUCAGCAAUCUAAAUUACAAAGCAGGCUAUGAAAAGACCAAACAUCAGUACACACUAUCUGAGGACCUGCCCCAAAUCAAAAACGCCAAAGCCAAUGCUGCCUUGUGCAGUGAUAUUAAAUAUAAGGAAGAGUGGGAGAAAACCAAGUCUAAAGCCUGUGACAUCGGUGUGGACGACCUGAGUGUCAAAGCAGCAAAGGCUUCCCGUGACCUCGCCAGUGAUAUUAAAUACAAAGAGACGUACAUGAAGGACAAGGAAAAGGCAGUGGGGAUCAACAUGAGCGACUCCAAGACUCUGCACUCUCUGCAAGUGGCCAAGAUGAAUAGUGAUAUUAAGUACAAGAAGGGCUCCAAGGAGAGCCAGGGCAACUACAGCCUUCCUCACGACAUGAUUAACCUGAGCCAUGCCAAAAAGGCUCAGGCCCUCGCCAGUGACCUGGAAUACCGCACAAAGCUGCAUGACUACACCGUCAUGCCUGAUGACAUCAAGGUCCAGCAGGCCAAAAAGGCUUAUUCUCUGCAAAGCGAGAACCAGUACCGCUCAGACCUGAACUGGAUGAAAGGAGUGGGCUGGGAUUCCGAAGGAUGUAUGAACAUCACCCAGGCCAAGAAAGCUGGAGAGCUGCUUAGUGAUACUAAAUACAGACAGAAGGCAGACAGCAUUGGGUUCACCCAUGUGGCAGACGAUCUCUCCAUCAAACACGCCAAGAAGAGCCAGGAACUGCAGAGCGACCUGGCGUACAAAGCAAACACAGAGCAGAUCAUACACCAGUACACCAUGACAAAAGAUGAGCCUCUUUUCAGACAAGCAAAAGCUAAUGCUGACCUUCUCAGUGGGAAAGUGUACAGGAGCAACUGGGAGAAGCAGAGGGAAAAGGGCUUUGAGCUACGUUUGGACGCUCUCUCUAUACUCACCGCUAAAGCCAAAAGAGACCUGGCCAGUGAUGUCAAAUACAGGGAGAAAUAUGAGAAAAACAAAGGCAAGGUGAUUGGCAUUAAGUCCAGCAGUGAUGACUCUCAGAUGGCCCACUCUGCUCUGGCCACCAAACUGCAGAGUGACCGCAACUACAAGAAGGACUAUGAGGAAACUAAGGCCAAAUACAGUGUUCAUCUGGAUAUGCUGAACAUCAGCCAUGCCAAGAAGGCUCAAGAUCUGGCAACCGAGACCAACUACAGGACUUUCCUCCAUGAGUAUACGACUCUGCCAACUGACAUGAAUGUUGCCUGGGCUAAGAAGGCCUAUGAUCUGCAGAGUGAUAAACAGUACAGGUCAGAUCUGAACUGGAUGAAGGGAGUCGGCUGGGAGGCCUCAAAAUCUCUGGAUGUCCAGCAGGCGAAGAAAGCCGGAGACCUCGUCAGUGAGAAAAAGUAUCGUCAGAACGUAAGUGGUCUGAAGUAUACCAGUGUUGAAAACACUCCAGAGAUGAUGCAGGCCAAAGUCAGCAACAAACUAGCCGUUGAUAGGUUGUACAGGGAGAAGGGUGAAAACAUGAAGCACAACUACACGCUCAGUGGAGAGCUGCCUGAGAUGGUUCAGGCCAAGCUCAAUGCUACAAACAUCAGCGAGAGCCGUUACAAGGAAUCUUGGACAAAGAUACGUGACGGUGGUUAUAAGCUGCGUCUGGAUGCCAUUCCUUUCCAGUCUGCCAAAGCAUCUGCAGAGAUCCUCAGCGAUCAAAAAUACAAAGGAGAAUUUGAGAAGACCAAAGGGAAGAUGAUCGGACUGAAGGGACUGCAGGAUGACAUAAACAUUGCUCACUCGGUCCAUGCCAGCAAGCUGCAGAGUGAUAUUAAGUACAAGCAGGACUCGGCAAAGCAGCUCUCAAAGUUCAACCUCUCGAUGGACAUGAUGGAGGUCGCCCACGCCAAAAAGGCCCAGUCACUGGUCAGUGAUCAGGACUACAGGCUUACCCUGCAUCAGUACACCUCACUUCCUGAUGACAUGAAGGUGCAGGCAGCCAAGAAAGCAUACGCUCUGCAGAGCGAGAAUGUGUAUCGCUCUGACCUGAACUACCUGCGGGGUGCAGCCUGGAUCGCCACAGGGGCUCUGCAGAUUGAAGGCUCCAAGAAGGCCAUGGACCUCAUCAGUGAUAAAAAGUACCGCCAGCAGCCGUACAACUUCAAGCACACCUCUGUCGCUGACUCUCCAGAUAUCGUCCAUGCCAAACUCAGUGGACAGAUCACAAAUGAACGUUUGUACAAAGAGAAAGGGGUGAAUGACCAGCACAACUACACUAUAACAAGUGAGAGACCAGAGAUUACGCAAGCAAAGAUCAAUGCAGCCAACUUUAGUGAGAUCAAGUACAGAGAGUCCUGGCACACUCUGAGGGCUCAGGGCUACAAACUCACCAUGCAGGACAUCCCCUUCCAGGCUGCCAAGAGCUCCACAGGCAUCGCCAGUGAUUACAACUACAAACACAACCACCUGCUGGAAAAAGGGAAGCACAUCGGGGUCAAAAGCGUCUUGGACGACCCGCGACUCCUGCACUGCCUGCAGGCAGGCCGGCUGGCCAGCAACCAGGAGUACCGCAAGGAUGCACUGACAACCAGUGGGCAGUACCACCUCACCCAAGACAUGAUUCACCUGGUGACGGCUAAGAAUGCCCAGGCCCUCGCCAGCGAGCAGGACUACAGGAAGAAACUGCAUGAGUACACAGUGCUUCCCGACGACAUGAAGGUCAAGUGGGCCAAAACGGCUUACAACUUGCAGAGUGAGAAAUUGUACAAGUCAGACCUCAAUUUUAUGAAAGGAGUGGCCUGGGACGGUGUGGGUGCACCCCAGCUGGAGUCAGCUAAGAAGGCUGGAGACCUUAUAAGUGAUAAGAAGUAUCGUCAGCUGCCAGACAGCCUGAGAUUCACCUCAGUGGCAGACUCUCCUGAUAUCCUCCACGCUAAGACAAGCUAUCAACAGUGCAGUGAGAGGUUGUACAAAUCUGGGAAGAAUGAUGACAUGCACAAGUACACUUUACACUCAGAUGAUCCAGACUUUGUCAGAGCCAAGAUGAACGCGCAGCAGAUUAGCGAUAAAGUUUAUAAGUCAUCUGGGGAGCAAGUGAAGACAUCAGGCUAUGACCUGAGGCUGGAUGCUAUUCCCUUCCAAACUGCCAAGGCCUCCAGAGCAAUUGCCAGUGAUGUCCGCUACAAGGAGUCCCAUCUGAAGGAGAAGGGCCAGCAGGUGGGGCUGCGCUGUGUGGAGGAUGACCCCAAGAUGGUGCACUCUCUGGCAGCCAGCAAACUCCAGAGCAACCUGGAGUAUAAACGCCAGUCCAAGGAAGAUCGGGGCCACUUCAAAAUGCAUGCUGACCAGCCCGAGUUUCUGCAGGCCAAAAAGAGUCAGGCUCAGGCUAGUGACCUCACCUACCGCCACAAGCUCCACGACUACACCUGUGACCCCGAGCAGCUCAAUGUCAAGCAUGCCAAGCAGGCCUACAAACUGCAGAGUGAUGUGAACUACAAGUCAGACCUGAACUGGAUCAAAGGAGUGGGCUGGACCCCUCCCGGCUCCCACAAGGCCGAGCUCGCCCGCCGUGCUGCAGAACUAGGGUUUGCUGAGGGAGUCAGCACUGAUGAGGCUAUUGCAAAGUAUCAGCACAUGAUGAUGCUGCACCACCAGCAGCAGUUGGAGCAGCAGCAGCAGCAGCAGCAGAGUUCUGAGCAGGUAGAGACCAGCGAGGAGAUUCAACAAGGCGUCAACAUGGACGCCAUGGAGGUCCUUCACGUCAAGAGGAAGAAGACCAUCCAGACCGUACAGAAAAAGUCAACCACCACCACCUCGUUCAAAUCCAUGGAGAAGAAGUCCAGCACCACCUCCUCCACCUCCUCAUCGGCUGCUCUCCAGAACACAAUCAAGAUGUCCACGUCUAGUAAAGCUGCUGCAAUCGAAGACGCGUAGAACCGAGAAGUUUUUAUAGAUGAUAGUGAGUAGAGAACGUUAAAGACACCCAUUUUCAGAAAUUGUGGUUAACUAAUACUAAGUGAUAUGUGUGGUAUCUACUUGAUGAGCGACUGUUGUUACACUGUAGUUACAUGAAAUGCCACAAAAAAUGUCAAACAGAGCUACUGUAGGUGCAACAAUGUACUGGAAAAUGUAGUUAAAAUGAUUACAGAAGGGAUUAGGUAUGUUAAAUCAGGACAGGACUUUAGUCAAGUUAGUUAAAAGGAUUGUCGUGGUAUGUGGUGAGCAAAAGGGAAUUCGGAAAAAAACAAGUCGAAUGCAAGGUAUUUUUUGACAUUUUAUUAAAACUUCUGAAUGGGUUAAAUUGCCUCUAAAGGACCAUGUUCAACACCAGUUAGAGCAAAAAAAAUCAAGGAUACCAAAACUGAAUUCAGGUUAUUAUAAUCCAAAGGUGAUACUGUAUGAAAUAUCAAAUGGAAAGUUUGCAUUUUGCUUUUGUAUAUUGAGUGUGUUUAGAACAUGUGAAGCUGGACCAGAGAUCGCUAUAAAGGCCAGCACUGCAGAGGAUUUUUUUUCAUCAUUUGUUUUAUUUUUUAUUUUUAGAGGAGAACACAUGCAACAAGGUCAAGUGAGCAAACAAAACCUAGUCGCAGCCCUGCAAAACAUGCAGUUUUAUUACGUGGUCUGCAAAUCUAGUGCACUUUGAGCUAGGCUCAGUGAGAAAGAAGUAUAGGCCGACUGAAAUGAUGAGCGAUCUACAUUUUGUCUGGCAGGUUCAGCUUCGUGAGUUUGUAUCAGUGCCCCUUUUAACUCAAAGCUGGGCUGGGAGUAAAUGCUUGGUUUUACUGCUGAUAAAAUAAACUGUUUUUUAAAGGCAAA